CGCGUCGACGACGACCGACUCCCUCCGCCUAUCCCCAAAAUGCUCACCAGGCUCCCCGCGGGUGCCCUGAAGAACGUCGCGGCGCUCUCCAGCGCACGCUCCUCCGUCGCGAACGCCGCACGCACUGUCCCGCGUGUCCGUUUUGCCUCGACCUCCUCUUCCGCCUCCGCCGCGUUCGAGUCGUUUGCGACGUCUCGCGCUGCUCUGGCAUCCGCGACGGCCCUCACCGUUGGUUCUAUCGCAUGGUACGCUAACCUCUACGGAACCCUCCCCUUCAUUGGCGAGGUACACGCCAACUCCCCCGCCGAGGAGGGUCUCCACCCCCCUCACUACCCCUGGUCGCACGCAGGCCUGCUCGACUCCUUCGACCACGCCAGCAUCCGGAGAGGAUACCAGGUGUACCGCGAGGUGUGCGCCGCCUGCCACUCCCUCGACCGCAUUGCCUGGCGCAAUCUCGUCGGUGUCUCCCACACCGUCGACGAGGUCAAGGCGCUCGCCGAGGAGGUCGAGUACCAGGACGGCCCGGACGACAACGGCGAGAUGUUCAUGCGCCCCGGAAAGCUCUCCGACUACAUGCCUCCGCCCUACCCCAAUGAGGAGGCUGCGCGUGCCGGAAACGGCGGUGCGCUUCCUCCUGACCUGAGUCUCAUCGUCAAGGCUCGUCACGGCGCUGCGGACUACAUCUUCGCACUUCUUACCGGUUACAGGGAUCCCCCGGCUGGGUUCGAGAUCCGUGAGGGCAUGAACUACAAUCCCUACUUCCCGGGUAACGCUAUCUCCAUGGCGCGUGUCCUGUUCGACGGCCUCGUGGAGUACGACGAUGGCACCCCUGCCACCACCUCCCAGAUGGCAAAGGACGUCGUAACGUUCCUGAACUGGGCCGCGGAGCCCGAGCACGACGAGCGCAAGAAGGCCGGUCUCAAGGCCGUCAUCCUCUUCUCGGCGUUGACCGCGAUCUCCCUGUACGUGAAGCGCUUCAAGUGGUCCGUGAUUAAGUCGCGGAAGAUUCAGUACAACCCGCCCGCGAACAAGCCUUGAGACGCCUAGAAUAGAGCACUUGAGGGCCUGCGUGGAGACCGUUGGGGUGUCCGUGUGCAUAGUCGAGAGCAUAAUCGGACUGUUCGUUCCGCAUACACACAUACCAGGCUCGCGCCUCGGACCUCCCACGUCGUUCCUUCGUUCAGGAGGCUUCCGUUUAUCCGUACCACAAUAAUGCGAACGUAAUGGAUCAUCUUAAACUUCCG